AUGAUUUUUGGGUACCUCGUCUUACCCCAAACGCGAACUGAGCCUCCCCAUCUAUCUAUCUAUCUAUCUAUCUAUCUAUCUAUCUAUCUAUCUCUUUUCCUUUCUAUCUAUCUAUCUAUCUAUCUAUCUAUCUAUCUAUCUAUUUUCUUUUCUAUCUCUUUUCCUUUCUAUCUAUUAAUAUCUAUCUAUCUAUCUAUCUAUCUAUCUAUCUAUCUAUCUAUCUAUCUAUCUAUCUAUCUCAUUAUGUCCACAUCUAUCUAUCUAUCUAUCUAUCUAUCUAUCUAUCUAUCUAUCUAUCCAGCUAGCUACAUAGCUAUCAAUUUAUAUAUUUUCUUUGUCUUUUCUAUCUAUCUAUCUAUCUAUCUAUCUAUCUAUCUUUCUUUUUCAUGUCGUUUCUUUCGGUGCAUUUAUUUUUUUUCUGUCGUAUCUAUCUAUCUAUCUAUCUAUCUAUCUAUCUAUCUAUCUAUCUAUCUAUCUAUCUAUCCAAACCUAUUUCUUUUCUUUUCCCUCUCUUUUCUUUUCUAUCUAUUAAUGUUUGUCUGUCUAUCUAUCUAUCUAUUUAUCUAUCUUCCAUACGAAAUAACUAUCUAUCUAUCUAUCUAUCUAUCUAUCUUAUUAGUUAAACGUUACCUUCAGUUGAUAUUCAUAUUGGUGUAA